AUGAAUGAAAUCGUAAAGCAAAUAAAGUCCAAAUUAAAUUUAAGUAAUCAAAUAGAUGAAGAAAAUCUUAUUAACUCAAAUGAAAACAGUAUAAGAGAAAGCGAAAUAGAUAUAAAAGACGACUUUGGUUUCAAAUGCAAAUGCGAGGGUGAUUGGUGUGAUUGUGAUACAAUUCAAUUUUUAAAAGAAAGUAAAGCAAUUGGAUUUUAUAAGAAAUUAGAAGAUGGAAACAUACUGCUAUCAGGAGCCGGCCAUUUUGGACCGAAAAUAACUGAUAUAGGACUUUCACAGCUGAUUAAUGAUUCUAGUUCUUCUACUUCCACAAAUGUAUUUGGAGUCCUUCCUUAUAUAGCGUCGGAAUUAUUGGAUAAAAAACCAUUCUCUUUUGCAAGUGAUGUUUAUAGUUUUGGUAUCAUCAUGGUAGAGGUAUCAACUGGAAAACUUCCAUAUGGAGAUGUACCACAUGAUGAAAGGCUUGCCUUGGCCAUUUGCAAUGGUUUAAGACCUAGAGUUACCAAAGGAACGCCGAAAAGUUUUAUUGAUUUGGUUGAUAAAUGUCUUGAUGCUGAUCCAGAAAAAAGACCUUCUACCCAAGAUUUAAGUAAAGUGAUUAAUGUUCCUGAAUCGCAAUUAACGGAUUUGCUUAUUUCUAUUUAA